AUGAUCAGGAAUCCCGAUUAUACUAAUUUUGUUUGCUGUGCUGUUUGCAAUAAAAUAAUCCCACAAGCCCCUUUCAAAGAAACCUUUCAACGGAUCCAUGAAUACAAGCCAUUUAAGACACGCUUUUACACUCACAAAGAUAUACUGGAUAUUGGGGCAAGUAUCCUGAACCAAGAAGAGCAGUAUCAAGAGGCUGUCCUCAAGGAAAGCAUUGAAAAAGCAGAAGCUAAAGUGUGGGAGCAGGCUAAAGAACUCCAGCAACAAGCAGUGGAGAAGGCACUCCUGGACGCACACGCCAGACACAAGUUUGAAAUACAGAUACUCGAAGAGCAACAUCAAAGAGACUUAAAGGCUGUAGAAGCAAAAACCAAGAAGGAGAUGAUUCAAAACAUGGAUGAGGAGCUGAAGAGAGAGCACUCCGCCGCAGAACAACGUAUGGUCCAUAGAAUCCAGAGGAUUAUGAUGGAGUGCUACAGAGAGAAGUUAGAGGCAGUGAAGAAAGCCAGGGAAGAAGAAAGAGAGAUUGCCCAGAAAGCUGUCCAGGAGCAGAAAAGCAAGACCAUGGAGGAACUUGUGAAUAUUGGUACAACAGCCACUAAAGAUCAGAAGACAAGCUUGGGCCAGUUGAUAAGAGCAAAGGAGCAAGAGAUGAACGCCUACUAUGGCCUGGCUCAGAGACAGAAGCAAGAAGAAGUGCAGGAAGUGCUUCAAGAAGCAGAAAAAACCCACCAGGCCACGCUGGACAACGUGAUGGGCAAACUGGCCAACACCCAGGGGGAGCUGAUAUCUGUGGCAAAGCAACUGGGAAUCAUGACAAACUGGAAAGAUUUCCUGGAGGAGGAAUUACAGGAAACCAGGGCAGCAUUUCAGAAGUACAUCAAUUACACCUUCCCCAAGCUCUCCCCAGGACAUGCCGACUUUAUCCUGCCGGAAAGAAAGAAAACACCUUCCUGUCUUACUAAGGAUAAAGACGAGAAAACCGGGUAG